UUACAUGCAGGUGAAUCUUGCUUGGAAAUCUUGCAAAAACGACCAACUCCUCCCUCCGGGCUGUAUUGGAUCGCAGUCACCCCAAGCUACACAACCAGGUUGUAUUGUAACAUGGUGACAGAUGGGGGUGGAUUCACACUUGUAUGGACAUUUACGUUCACGAAUUAAUAGCCACUUUGCAAAUGACAGCAAUGACAUAACUCCCAGGCCAGACUGGAAUUUAACAGAAUUUAUGUUCUCUGGUGAAUUUUCAAAUGUCAAGGUUCCUGUGUCAACAACUCCACCAGAAUCAGAAGAACAGUUGGGAGCCCUUGAAUUCAAGUAUUGGAAGCUUAUGGGAGACAAUGAAUUCAUGCAUGAUAAAAUCAAACAUUAUCAACUGGCUAUCCUGCAAUCAGACUGGAGGAAGUAUUAUGGAAGAAGGUGAAGAUGGUCCUAUCAAAUGUAAGGUGAUCAAGGUUGUUUCAACUGACUACCCACAAUGUCAAUAUGUCACGCCCACAGAGGUGGCCUGGAACAAUUGUGGCUUUUUGAGAAGACGUCCUGGGUACUUUCAUUAUUAUAUUCAGUUUGAUAUCAAAAGUGACGAUUGCGAUCCAACUUGGGAUCCAUGUGGUGAAGGAUCAAAUUUGAGAUAUAUAAAAGGCGUCCACUUCCCACAUGGAAAUGUUUACAUACGUUGAUAGCAUAUAAGUUUUCCAAAUAUACUAUUUAUUUCAAAAAUCUUAUCCUUACAGUUAGUUCUCCCAUGCAAAAUAUUCACUAUGCCUGAUAAUUUUGUCUAAAUCUGAAAUUUCCUUUUUACCUGAAG